AUGCCGCUCAAUUCGCUACAAGUCAUCGCCCUGGGUUUCGCAUUCGUGUUGACGCGUAACGCCAUCAUCCAAGCCUCAAGCGUCACUGGCACACCUCCCGGUUUCGCAAUUGGGACAACGGGCGGCGGCAACGCGACGGCUGUCUAUCCUACCACUGCCUCUGAGCUCGCUUCGUAUCUUGGCGACAAUGAACCUCGCGUCGUCGUUCUGAACCACGAGUUCGACUUCACCAACACCGAGGGUUCGACUACGGAGGAAGGGUGUCGCCCCAAGAACAACCUCGACUGCAUCGACAAAAAGAACGGCUUCCAAGGGCAAGACGCCAUCCAGCCAAGCUUCAGCAAGUGUGACGGCUCUACUGUUAAUGUGACGUACGACAAGGCAGCCAUCACCCCUCUCAUUAUUGGCAGUAACAAGACUCUGGUGGGCGAGGGUACCAAGGGUGUCCUGAACGGCAAGGGGAUCAUGGUCACAGGCAGCAACGUCAUCGUCCAGAACAUCCACAUCACCAACUUGAAUCCGCACGUGGUGUGGGGCGGUGACGCUAUCACCAUCAGAGGAAAUGGUAACACCGCACCGAAAGGUAUUUGGAUCGACCACGUGAAGGUCUCCAGUGUCGGCCAUCAGAUGGUGGCCAUCAACUUCUCCGGCGCCACUGGGGUUACGAUCAGUAAUUCAGACUUCGAUGGCACUACCAAGUACUCGUCAUCGUGCGACGGCCGCCACUGCUGGGGCUUCUUGAUCCUCGGUAAGCAGACGGAGAUGAGUUUGCUGGGGAACUACAUGCACAAGAUGUCGGGUCGGUUCCCGAAAAUCGGAGGGUAA